AUGUAUGACAUCAAAUGUGAACGUGAUCGGGCCGAGCUUCGCAUCGAGAUGAUGCAAAUGAGUGGAUCCACGCGCCGUCAGCAUGUACAGAUGCCCAAACGCAAGAAUCUGCAUCAAGAGUGGUACCCUGAGGGUGGGGGAUCCACUAGGUGGCUUACUGAUGAAGGUGAAAGUACCACAUCCGAGGGGCGCAAGCCACCAUGCCUUCAGAAAAUCGGCCCCUCUGGGCGUCUCAAGUAUUCUGAUCGCCCAUACUUCGAGGACAUCACUGAUGAGCCUAUCAAGCCCAUUCAAAAGGAGGGAUCAGGUACCAAUGUACAAUGUAAAGAUUUGAACGUCUUGCGCCCGUUCCUGCUCACAUCCAAGGUUAUCUGUGACAACACUUACUCCAACAAAUCCUGGCCCAGGAGUAUUGUAGCCCAGGGUAUGUUCCAAUUGCAAGAAAUCAAUCAGCAACUCAAAGCACGCUUCCCCUCUGCUUGA